AUGGAGACCGAGAUUGUGGUCAGAAAUUUGCCGGAGCUGCCGCGGGACGUAUUGAUGGAUAUCUUUGCCCUCCUGGAGAUCCCAGACCUCAUGCGUGCGGCCUCCGUCUGCUCCUCCUGGCGGUCUGUCUAUACCAGCCUAGGCAGCGAGCUUCAGCUGUACAAACGGCCCCAGACGCCUUGCCUCCUCUACACCUCCGAAUCUGCGGCUGACAACGUAGCUUGUCUCUACAGCCUCGCGGAAAAGCGGGUCUACAAUCUGACUCUUCCGGAUCCACCCAUCCGCAGCAGGUAUCUGAUUGGGUCCUCACACGGCUGGCUGAUCACUGCCGACGAGAAGUCCGAGCUACACCUUCUCAACCCGAUCACCUGUCAACAGAUUGCUCUCCCGUCAGUGAUCACCAACAAGAGGGUGAAGCCGGUCUUCGACGACGCAGGCACAAUUAAGGAGUACGAGUGGUGGGAGCCGAAGCACGACAUUGAGCUAGACUGUGAAGUGGAUGGUCACCAUAAGUCAACCCAUGCUCUCGACAAGCUUCGUGACUUGUUCUACAUCAGGGCACGCAUAUUUCCUGACCCGUCCACAGAAAGCUACAUUGUGGUUCUCACCCACAGUGAAUCACGACAGCUUUCGUUUGCGAGGGUAGGAGAUUGUAAGUGGACGUUGCUGCCGGUGGGUUAUGACUAUCAAGAUUGCAUCUACAUGGAUGGCCUAUUGUAUGCCUUCACGAGCUUUGGACAGAUCGAUACUUUUGAUCUCAACAGUCCUACCAUUACAAGGAAUAGAAUUAUAGGGGACAUGAAGACUUAUACUCAAGGGCGGCUGUAUGUUCUCCAGGCUCCAUCCGGUGAUCUGCUGCAAGUUCACAGGAAUUUGGAAAUCCAAGAUACUGAUGAUGAUGAUGAGGAGUUCAUAUUUGUGACUAACAACAUAUUGUUAUAUAAGGUUGACAUGGCAGCAAAAGACCUUGUGUUAGUAAACGACUUGCAUGAUCAAGUGCUAUUUCUUGGGUGUAACCAGUCGCAAUACCUUAGCGCUGAAGAAUUCUCUCAGCUGAAGCCAAAUUGUGUCUACUUCACUGAUGAUGAUACAUGUGCUUCGGAAGAUAAGAAUUGCUGCCGGGAUAUAGGUGUUUUAAACUUGGAAAACAACAAAAGGGAAGAAAUUCUACCACAGCUUUGGUGUAGCUGGCCAAAUCCCAUAUGGGUAACACCGAGUCUUGCAAGGAUGAACUGGGGUUGUACAAAUAAAUGA